UCCACACUGGAUAACGAAGGGAUAAGCUGGGCAACGGCCACUCCCAUCCCCGCACUUCACCGGCCUCCGCCUCCUCCCUCCCCUCCAUCGCCGUCGCCGGGGCGCUCUACAGCUCAAAAUGGCGGCCACCGCCACCGCCACCGCCAUGGCCAUAGCAACUAUCUCCCCCUCGGCUCCGAUCCCUUCCGCGCCCUUCCCAUCCCUCCCCCUCCGCCUCCGUUCUCAACCCCUCCUCGCUGCCUCCCGCCGCCUCCUCCUCCCUGUCCCCAAGGCCUCCUCCUGGGACGAAUCCGUCGCCGAGGAGGGAGGAGACACGGAGGAAUCCGCCGCCGCUGGGGAUGAGGAGGACGAGGACGAGAAGCCGCGGCCGGAGCCGGUGUCGUCCUCCGAGUUCCAGUUCGCGGCGCCCCCCGAGGGCUACGUGGAGCCCGCGGCGUUCGACGAGCUGCCUCCGGAGUCCCCAGAAGACGUGGCGGCGGCGUACGAGUCGCUCUACGGGCCGGCCUUCAGCGGCGAGUCGCUGCUGGGGAACAACGUCUACGAGGUCAAGGUGGUCGACCCCAUCGACAUGGACCGGGAGCAGCGCCCCAACGACGAUUUCACCGAGCGCGUCGUCCAGGUCAACCGCGUCACCAAGGUCGUCAAGGGAGGCAGGCAGCUCUCCUACCGCGCAAUUGUCGUCGUUGGCGACAUGAAGGGCCACGUUGGUGUCGGCGUGGGAAAGGCCAAGGAGGUCACGGAGGCCAUCACCAAGGCCGCCAUGAACGGCCGACGCAACCUUGUCACAGUGCCGCUCACUAAGUACUCCACAUUCCCGCACAGAGCUGAUGCGGACUAUGGAGCAGCCAGGGUGAUGCUGAGGCCUGCUUGCCCUGGAUCUGGUGUUAUUGCCGGUGGAGCUGUGCGGGUUGUGUUGGAGAUGGCUGGUGUGGAAAAUGCUCUGGGUAAGCAACUGCGCAGCAAGAACCCCUUGAACAACGCACGAGCCACCAUCAAGGCGACGCAGAUGAUGAAGCAGUUCAAGGAUGUCGCCGAGGAGCGUGGUGUUCCAAUGGAGGAGCUAUGGAAAUGAUAAAAACAAAUCGAAACCGACCCCCCUGCCCCCACCCCCUCCCUUUUGUAGCAUUCUUUCUCCUUGCGCUGUAUUUUUCUCAAGUUCUUUUUUCUGCUGUGUCUAUCUAUGGGAUGGGAUAACCCCGCCUCACGAUUUCUUUUUGCAUAUCUCUUCUGAGAUCGCCAGUAGUGCCAACAUUUACACGCAAGUUUACGGUGAAAAUUGAAUCAGUGAAAUCUGACCUUGUAUUA